CUGAAGGGGACCUUACCGUUUAUCUGCACGUUGAUUUUUUGGGGGGGUUUCUUACCUGCUAGCAGCUAAUUUUUCAGCGUCGGUUUUGUUCUGGAAAUAUCCCCGAGAUGUCAGAAAUGUCUGUGACUGAGAUGUUCAGCUACAUCCAGGGCUUUUUGAGCGCCGACCAGGACGUCAGAGAGGAUAUCCGUAAGGUGGUCCAGAAUUUGGAGCAGACUGCCAGGGAAAUCCUAACUGUGCUUCAAAGUGUCCACCAGCCUUCUGGGUUCAAAGAGAUUUCCACUUUAUAUUUUACCCGUUACUUUAAUUUCAGGUUCCACGAACACUGGCGGUUUGUUCUGCAGCGGUUGGCCUUCUUAGCAGCCUUUGCUGUCUACCUGGAAAGUGAAAACCUUGUCACACGGGAGGAGGUGGCUCAGAUACUCGGAAUCGAGGUUGUGCGAGAGAAGGGCUUUCAUCUGGAUAUUGAAGAUUUCCUAGCAGGAGUGCUGAUUAUGGCCAGUGAACUGUCGCGGUUAGCAGUGAACAGCGUCACUGCAGGAGACUACAGCCGGCCGCUCCGCAUCUCCAACUUCAUCAAUGAGCUGGACUCCGGCUUCCGUCUGCUCAACCUGAAGAACGACCCGCUGCGGAAGCGGUAUGACGGUCUGAAGUACGACGUGAAGAAGAUCGAAGAGGUGGUCUAUGACCUGUCCAUACGCGGUCUGGCCAAGGAGUCGGAAUCUGGCGGUAACUAGUAGAACAUGGAGGUUUGUUGGUUUGCUGUCGGAGCAGGAGGAGGAGUGUGGCAGCUUCCUCCAGCUGGGACCUCUGCAGGAUUGUUGCAGGUUGGAGAACCUUACCCCAUCUGGAAGUUACAGACCCAGGAAUCUGCCUGGGGUCCCCAGCAGCCAAAGACAGACUGUAUGAUGGUGUGUCUGUGUAUGCGUGCUAAUGUUUCAGCAUGCAUUUGUGCAAAUGCAUGCAGGAGCGGUGGUUAAGAUGGAUGUCAGUCUGUCACAGAGGGGCAGCAGAGGCGGUAAAGGAUCUCAGCAUUCCAUUUCAGAAAAUCACGACUACAGGUUCUGUUUGUUGCAAGUUUUGGAAAUGUGUUCUCGCCUUGUUACAGCGUCAUUUGGAUUCACAGUUCAGAGUCAUGUUGUAAAAUAAAGUGAACACUGUUGGCUUCAACCGGUUUCUGGAUUAAAUUUUAUUUCUUUUGUUGACUUGUUAAUUUUGUCAAAGCUGUUUGCUGUAGGGUUUGGUUGCUAGUCAUCAUAAAGCUUUUCAACCAGACGCUCAUCCAAACUGGGUUCCUAAAGCCACAUUUAUGAAGCAAGUUUUUACACAAGUUUAAAUUUCAGUGUUUAUAAAAUAGAUAACUGUUUUUGUCACAUUGUUUUUUUUUUUUUUUAUUCUGAUUGAUAAAAUACCUACUUUACGGAUGAUAUUGAAAAAGUGAGAAGCAAAAUAAUUUACAGUUAAUUUCAACAUUUAAAACUAGUUAAAUCACCUUUAUUUAGGAAACUGUUGGAUUUUGUGCUACGAAAAUAUUGUUGAGCCAUAUUUGUAGUUUUGAUUUGUAAAAAGUGGUGGGAAAAAAAAGUCCUACAUGGCUUUCUUCUUUUUUUAAAUAAAAUAUUGCUUUCU